AUGGACAAAUAUCUUCGCCCUGAAAGGUUUGAUAUCGACCCGUCAGAUAGCUCUGGUACGAGAGCUUGGAUACACUGGCGUAAGACUUUCGAAAGCUUCAUUUCCGUGCAGAAACCGACCGCUCCAGAAACAGAUGCACAGUCGGUUCCUCCGCCAGAAAAAUGGGACUGCAUAAAGUUUCAGCUUUUAGUAAAUCAUAUAUCACCAAAUAUCUAUACAUAUAUAAGCGAAGCUACGAACUACGAAGAAGCGAUCACUAUUCUGCAAAAACUGUAUGUAAAACCAAAAAAUCUGAUUUUUGCUAGACACAUGUUAGCAACAAGGAAACAACGACCAGAAGAAAGUAUUGAUACAUAUUUACAAGCUUUGAAACUACUUUCAAAAGAUUGUGACUUUGCGACUGUUGAUGCAGAAACAAACAAAAACGAUAGCGUGCGUGAUGCUUUCAUAUCCGGCAUAUCAUCGCAUAAAAUCAGACAAAGGCUUUUAGAAAACUUAACUCUAACACUUGAUCAAGCUUACAACCAAGCACUCUCUCUAGAAACUGCAGAGAUCAACUCCCAAAGCUUCAAUACUCUGUCUUUAAAUGUUGUUUCCCCAAAAGAACCAACAUUAGUCUCUCCAAAACCACAAACUAAGCACGACGAGACCUGCUCUUCUGUUAAUUAUCCUCGACGUCGAAAAUGUUUCUUUUGUGGGGGACAAAUACAUCCUCGUAAGAACUGCCCUGCAUUUGAAAAGACUUGUCAGCUCUGCAACAAGAAGGGGCACUUUGCCACUGUUUGCAGAAGCUCUUCUAAACCUAUAAAUUCUAUGGUAGAAAGGACUGAAGAUCUUUCCGCUUGUAUCACUGCAGCUUCACCUUCUUCAUUACGUAAAGCUACUGUACCCGCUUAUAUUCGAGGAAUAAGAGCAGAAGCACUUCUCGACACCGGUAGCUCCAUCAGUUUUAUAAAUGACAGUUUUGCAAGACUAUGCGGGUUCAAAAGAAAAUCCUGCAAUCAGACUAUUUCUAUGGCCUCUCUUAAUCAUACUUCACAAGUAGAAGGUCAAACUUUGCAAACCCUGAAAAUCGGAAAUCAUACAUAUGAUAACGUGAAUCUCCUUAUCGUGAAAAAUCUUUGUGCUGACAUAAUUAUCGGCCAUGACGUCCUCGAAGAACAUUCAUCGCUAGAGUUCUCUUUCGGUGGGCCAAAACAUCCACUUCAAGUAUGUAACGUGGCUGAAGCAUCAGUACCAGCUGUACCGCUUUUUGCGAAUGUAUCUCCCAACUGUAAACCUAUUGCUAUUAAAUCUCGAAGGCACAGCAAAGAGGAUAGUGAAUUUAUUACAGAGGAGAUCAGAAAUCUUAUAGCAGAAGGGGUGAUUGAAGAAAGUAAAUCACCAUGGAGGGCCCAAGUCCUAAUAACAAAAAGCAAAACUCAUAGAAAACGCCUUGUGAUUGAUUACUCUCAGACAAUUAAUCGUUUCACGGAACUCGACGCGUACCCUUUACCAAACAUUGAGGACUUAGUUUCGAAAGUGGCAAAGAAUACAUUUUUCAGCCUAAUAGACCUAAAAAGCGCGUACCAUCAAGUACCUAUACUACCCGAAGAAAGGAAAUUUACCGCUUUUGAAGCGCUGGGAAAUUUGUACCAAUUCAGGCGUAUUCCUUUUGGAGUAACAAAUGGUGUUUCAAGCUUCCAACGAACAAUCGAUUGGAUUAUAAGAAAAGAGAAGCUUCAAAACACAUAUGCGUAUCUUGAUGAUAUAACUAUUUGUGGCCGUACUCUUGAAGAACACGAUCAUAACUUAGAAAGUUUUGUGAAUGCCGCAAAGAAAUACGGUUUAACACUGAAUAUACAAAAAUGUAAAUUUUCUCAAGAUUCAAUAAAUAUUCUAGGCUAUAAUAUUCAAAACCACAUAAUCAAACCUGACAGUGAGCGACUCAAGCCACUGAUUAAUUUGCCUCCACCAAGCGAUUUACCGACCUUAAGAAGGACACUCGUCGAAACUGACGCAUCUGACCAUUCUAUUGCGGCAGUACUCACGCAAGAUUGUAGACCUGUAGCUUUCUUCUCGAGAACUUUGACUCAAAGCGAACGAAACCAUUCAGCUAUAGAGAAAGAAGCCUACGCGAUCGUUGAAUCUUUGAAGAAAUGGAGACAUUUCCUUAUUGAUGGCCGAGAAACAACGGUGUCGAAUCGUCAUCUAGCACCAUUGGGUUCAGAAGGGGUAGAUCUGCGAAUAGAUAAUGAACACACUACUGAUUAUCAUAAUGUCGCAGAACCACUUCCGGAAACAGAGGACCAGAACUUCGAGAUUCCUUCAUCUAAUGAAACGGGACCUGUGGAACUUGAUAAUAGCAGAGAGCUAGAGACCGAGUUACCAUCAUCACCACCGUCGGAGCCAACACUUCGUAGAUCUGACCGCGUCCGUAAAAUACCAGAAUUUUUAAAAGAUUAUGUUUUAAAAUAG